AUAUAGCUCAAGAGUUUGUAUAUAAAAUCUUUUAAGCCACGAAUCUCAAGCUAAUACAUAACUUCCACGGGAAAAAAGAAGUAGAAGAAGGCAAGCAACAAAUUAAGCAAAAGCUCCAAAAGGCAAUCUCUCUCUCUCUCUCUGCAUAUAUAAACACACACACACCCCUAUAUAUAUUAUAUGUAUGUAGCCCAACUACUUUUGUAAACAACAACACAGAAACACAUAAAGAGCAAAAAGAAGAACAAAAACAGAAAAAUUCUCUCGCUGUAGUGGGUUUGUUAGCAUCUUCUUCAACAAGAAGAUACUUUUAUUCGUCAGUUCUUCAUCUUUACCAGAUGAAAGAGAAAAAAAAAGUAAUGGAUGAAAAGAGUAUUGCGAGAUCGAAUUGAAGCUGAAAUGGAGGGCCCGUCAAACCCAAACAGCAGGUAUGCCAAGCUUAUGGUGGAGGGGUCUUGGUUCAGUCAAUUCCGUCACGGCUCAAACCCUUGGAUGGCCAGAUACGUCUAUAGCUUGAUGUUUCUUAUCACUAAUUUGCUUGCAUGGGCCGUUAGGGAUUAUGGCCAUACCGCCUUGACAGAAAUGAAGAGACUGAAAGGAUGCCAUGGUGGCAAAGACUGUUUGGGCAUGGAAGGAGUAUUGAGAGUGAGCUUCGGAUGCUUUACAUUCUAUUUCACAAUGUUUCUUUCUACAGUCGGUACCUCAAAGUUGCAUGUAUCUAGAGAAGUGUGGCAUUCGGGAUGGUGGAUUGCCAAGAUUCUCCUGAUGGUUGCACUUAUGGUGCUGCCAUUUUUUGUUCCUACAGCCAUUAUUCAUGUUUAUGGGGAAAUUGCACAUUUUGGCGCGGGGGUUUUCCUACUCAUUCAGCUUAUAAGCAUUAUCAGUUUCAUUAGAUGGCUGAAUGAUUGUUGUCAUUCUGACAGUUGUGCAAAUAAAUGCCGCAUCCAUGUAAUGGUAAUUGCAGCUGCUGCAUUCGUGGUGUGCAUAUUGGGGAUCAUUUUGAUGUACAUUUGGUAUGCCCCAGAACCAUCAUGCCACCUUAACAUUUUCUUCAUUACCUGGACACUAGUACUCCUCCAAAUCAUGACCAGUGCUUCUCUCCACCCAAAAGUGAAUGCUGGCUUGUUGACUCCCGGAUUUAUGGGUCUUUAUGUGGUCUUCCUCUGCUGGUCUGCCAUUAGAAGUGAACCACCAGAGGAAAGAUGUAUCAAGAAGGUGGAAGCUGCAACUAAAGGAGACUGGCUCACCAUCAUAAGCUUUAUCGUUGCAGUGCUUGCAAUAGUUAUUGCAACCUUUUCGACCGGAAUUGAUUCCAAAUGCUUUCAGUUCAGGAAGGAUGAGACACAGGCAGAAGAAGAUGAUAUUCCAUAUGGUUUUGGCUUCUUCCAUUUUGUUUUUGCCACGGGGGCAAUGUACUUUGCAAUGCUAUUGAUCGGUUGGAAUGUCCAUCAAUAUCAUGACAUGAGAAGGUGGACACUUGAUGUGGGAUGGACCAGUACUUGGGUCAGAAUAGUAAAUGAAUGGCUGGCAGCCUGUGUUUACUUAUGGAUGCUGGUGGCACCAAUCCUAUGGAAAAACAGACGAAUUGCUGAAUCGACAUAGGAAUCGAAAAUAGAGUAUUCGAUGAUUGCUUCAUUGAUCUGUUGUGCAUAUGGUAGUCCGCCGUCUCGAGCCAGGUAGAAAGCAUAGAGCCUCCAGCAUACUGAUCAGGACUUUUAAGCCCCAUGGACAACUAAAUAUACUACUACUACUACUACUACUACUUGACCAGAUUUGUUUCAUUUUUAAAUGAAAUAAUUAUCCAAUCCUCCAGCCCUUCACACUA